GUGUGUGCCAGGUUAAUGUUUGGAGUUCAGAGUGAAUGAGGAGCGUGUUGAAGACAGAGCAAAGCUUCACGCAGCCAAGAGUCCACGUUUGUUCUUUCAUCACUUGAGGAACCAAGUCCUUCACCAUCAUCUUCAUCAUCAUCCUCCAUGUCGGUUCUUCCUCUGCGAGUGAGAGUGUUCCGGCACGUGUGGAGGUUGAAGAGGGUCUUCAUCCUCAUCGUCAGCCCCUUCAUCCUGCUGCCCCUUGCACUCAGCACCACGGAGGCGGCGUGUGCGUAUGUCAUCGCGCUGAUGGCGUUGUACUGGUGCACUGAGGUUUUACCACUGGCAGUGACAGCGCUGCUGCCCACCAUCUUGUUUCCUAUGCUCGGCAUCAUGGAGUCCAAAGAUGUGUGCAUGCAGUACCUGCGGGACACCAACAUGCUGUUUGUGGGAGGGCUCAUGGUGGCCGUGGCGGUGGAACACUGGAACCUCCACAAGCGGAUCGCACUGAAGGUUCUGCUGGUGGUGGGAGUGCGGCCCGCCCUACUCAUGCUGGGGUUCAUGAGCGUGACAGCCUUCCUGUCCAUGUGGAUCAGCAACACGGCCACCACCGCCAUGAUGGUCCCCAUUGUGCAGGCCGUGCUGGACCAGCUCCAUCGCCACGAAGACACCGUUCCCCCAUCCAGGAAGCAGAGCAGCAUCGGGGUUUUCCACAUCAGUCUGCCGUUACCUGACGAAGCCUCAAACACUCCACGCAGUUCUGGAAGGACAGGAGAGUGUGGGGAAAGUGAAGCGGGCAGAGCCGGUGAGACGGCUCAUGAGGAGGUGACAGCAGCAUGUCGUUCAAAUGGCCAGGAGACGCUAAAACCGCCGCCACAGGACAAACCUCCGUCCAGAGCAGUAGCGGCAGGCAUGCUGUGUCCAAUGGAGGAGGAGGAGGCGAGCGGCGACGAGGAGAGGAAGAGGCAGAGCAAAGGCCUCCUGCUGUGCGUGAGCUAUGCCGCUAGCAUCGGAGGCAUUGCCACUUUGACAGGCACUGGACCCAACCUGGUUCUGGUGGGCCAGAUGAGCCAACUCUUCCCUCAGAAUGGCGAUGUGAUCAACUUUGCGUCGUGGUUUGCCUUCGCCUUCCCCACCAUGGUUCUGAUGCUGGUGCUGGCCUGGUUCUGGCUGCAGUUUGUCUUCAUUGGUUGCAACAGCUUGCGGAGGACCUGGUCUUGCGGGGCGGGGGCAACAGAGAAGGAGCGAGCGGCGUAUGAGGUGAUCAAAGCUGAGCAUGACCGACUCGGCUGCAUGACCUACGGCGAGGCCAACGUCCUGGUGCUCUUCGUCCUUAUGGUGGUGCUGUGGUUCACACGAGACCCCCGCUUUAUGGAUGGUUGGGCAACACGUGUCUUCAACGCCAAGGCAGAGUUCGUCACAGAUGCCACCGUUUCUCUUCUGGUGGCCCUCAUGCUGUUUGUUCUGCCGUCUGAGCCACCGCGCUACCUGUGCUGCCGGAGAUGGAGCUCAGACGCAGGCCCUGCCCCUCCCCUACUCACCUGGCAGGUGACUCAGAAGAAGAUGCCGUGGAAUAUAAUGCUGCUGCUGGGCGGUGGCUUUGCGCUGGCCAAAGGCAGCGAGGAGUCGGGACUUUCUCGUUGGCUGGGCGAACAGAUGACGCCGCUUCACUCCAUCCCGCCGUGGGCCAUCACCAUCGUGCUCUGUCUCCUCAUCGCCACCUUCACCGAGUGUGCCAGCAACGUCGCAACGGCAACGCUCUUCCUGCCCAUCCUGGCCUCCAUGUCUCAAUCCAUUAGGCUGAAUCCUCUCUAUGUCAUGAUCCCCUGCACCCUCAGCGCCUCCUUUGCCUUCAUGCUGCCCGUUGCCACGCCGCCCAACGCCAUCGUCUUCUCCUCGGGUUACCUCAAAGUGUCCGACAUGGCUAAAACUGGCGUGGUGAUGAACGUCAUCGGGCUCUUGUGCAUCAGCGUGGCCAUCAACAGUUGGGGUCGUGUCUUGUUUUCUCUGGACUCCUUCCCCUCCUGGGCCAACGUUACUGCGCCCCUUUAGCUCCUCCCCAUUUGGCAGCGUCUGGACUGGACCAGCGACGCCGUGCCGCAACAAAUUUUAUUUUGAAAAGUUCUCAAUUUUCCUGCCAGACCUUUGCAGAGAGCCUUUACAUGACAAGCUGCUGAAAACAUCCAAAAAAAGUUAUCAUUAUCGUCACUCUUUGUAGUGUAAACAACUGGUUACAUACCAACAAAUGUAUUUAUUUAUACUUGACUUUGACAACUAUACUAACAUACUUCUUGACAUACUAACUAAAGCACAAUAGUGACGUAAAAAAGGAUAGCAAAUCAUUCUUAGACUAACCUUACUUUAAACACUCAAUGGUGACUGAUAUUUUGUUAACAACAUCAGCUAUUAGUGAGUUUAUUUAUACAUUCUUAACCUGUCUGAUGACUUGGCAUACAGAAACAAUAAAAUGUGUCAUGUAAUAUAUGUAAUAUAGAUAA